AUGUCGGGAAAGAAACUUAGUGGCUUUCAGCGUCGGAAAAGGAAGGUAGAAUAUGAAAAAGAAGAUACGAAAUCCAGAAAAUUAAUGGCUGGAUUUUUAAAAACAAAUCAGUCGAUAGCAUAUAAGGAAGUAGAUUCGGAUGCAGAGGCAAGAGAUGACUGUAUUAAUAAUUAUCAGAAUGAGCCUAAUAUUUCAGGUGUGCAGAACGCCCAAUUAAAUAAAAAUAAUGAGGACCAAGAUGAUGAUGCGAAUCAAUCAAAUAUUUCAGAGGAAAUAAAUACUGAUGAAACCAAAAACGUAAAAGAAAACAAUGACGAAGAUCAGUUUGAAAAAUCUAGUUAUUCCGAUGAAUUAGAACAAUCAGAUCUAUCGAAAGUAAUUCUUGAUAUAUUUAAAUACCACGAUAUUGCAUAUUUAGAAUUUGACGAAACAUCGCACUUGCCAAAAAUAUCGCAGCAGCUUCGUACUGAGAUGAUUAUUCGAGGCUCAGAAUAUUUCCAGAACAAAUCUGGUCCAUUUGUACCGUCAGGUGGACGGUCAAUGACUGUGUCAUGGUUUAAACGGCGACUUGCUAAUCAAAAAGGAAAUGAAGUAAAUAGAUCGUGGCUACUUUAUUCACCAUCGAAAAAGGCGGCUUAUUGUUUUUCUUGCUUAUUAUUUCCUUCGUCCAAGCCCAAUACGAGAUCAUCUUUUGAAUUGGCUACUGGAUUUAGUAACUGGAAGAAGCCAGAAAAAUUGUCAGCGCAUGAAAAUAGUCCUAGUCACCGUAAAUCGUUUACUAGUUGGAAAGAAACGGAACGAAGAUUAAUUAAAGGAAAAAUACUUGAUGCUGAACUAGAAGCUCAGAUUGCAUCUGAGAAACAACGAUGGCGAGAUGUGUUAGAUAGAUUACUUGCUUGCAUAAAGUAUUUUGCCACUCAAAAUUUGCCAUUGCGUGGCCAUUCAGAAAGCUUAAGUCAUGACGAUGGUAAAAAUUUGGGAAACUUCCUAUCUCUUCUAAAACUAAUAGCUCGGUACGACCCACUUUUAAAAAACCAUCUCAACUAUGCUAUCGAGAAUCCACACUCUACAUCCUACUUAUCUCCGCAAAUUCAGAAUGAAUUUAUUCAUCUUCUUUCCUCUGCUGUCAGGAACAAAUUGGUAAACGACAUAAAAAAAAAUAAAUAUUAUGGCAUUUUGCUUGACUCGACUCCAGAUCUCGCACAUCGAGAGCAACUGUCUGAAGUUAUCAGAUACGUAGAUAUCGAUUUUGUUAAUAAAACAGUUGUCAUUAAAGAAUCCUUUUUAGGAUUUAUAGAGUUGCACGCUAAAAAUGCAGCUUCUAUAGAAAAAGUGAUUGUGGAGAAAUUGAAUUCUGACAACAUAUCUUUAGAUAAUUGCAGGUCACAAUGCUAUGAUAACGCGGCUGUGAUGGCUGGAUAUAUAUCUGGAGUUCAACAAAGGAUCUGUGAGAGAAAUCAUCGAGCUUUGUUUGUUAAUUGUGAUAACCACAGUUUAAAUUUAGUAGGUGUACAUUCAGCUAAGCAAGAUCCACUUGUCGUUACAUUUUUUGGUAAAUUGGAGAAUAUUUAUUUGUUUUUUUCGCGAUCGACUUUGCGAUGGGAAGAAUUAAAGAAAGCCGUGAAGAAAACAGUAAAGCGUGAAUCCGAAACCCGAUGGAGUGCGAGGUAUGAAGCUGUUAAUGCUCUUUUUGAUGGGCUCGAUGCACUAGUGAACCUAUUGGAGAAAAUGUCAGGUGACUCGAAUAAUACAAAUGAGACAAGAAGUGAGGCAGAAUGUUUACUAGAAAAUAUUUUAAAUUUCAACUUCUUAGUUCUGUUGCAUUUCUGGAAUAACAUCCUAAGACGAUUUGAUCGCGUACAGAAACGUCUUCAAGAUCACACGAUGAACUUCUGGGAUGCAGCUUGUGAUUUGAAAUCCCUAAAAAUUGACAUCAACAAUUUGAGAGAUGAAUUUUGUCAAGAUGCUGUUGAAUAUGGGAAGAUGAAAUGUGAAAGUUGGGAUAUAGAUAUUGAACGACGCAUAAGAAGACGGCGAAAGAUGCCUGGGGAAGUAACAACAGAUGUAGGAUUAUCAGCAAGUGAAGAGAUAAUGCGCGUUAUGAAAAGCGUUUUAGAUCGGCUUCAACAAGAAAUAAUCACGAGAUUUACUCGCCUGGAAGAUUUAAAUUCAAAAUUUGGGUUUUUACUUAAUGUUACAGAGUUACUUCAUGAAAAAGACACGGAUAAUCUUCGUCAACAUUGUUCUAAUUUCGGUGAAUUUUAUAACAUAGAUGUUGACGGAAAUGAACUCUAUAGUGAGAUCUGUGACGCCAAGAUGUUACUUCAUACUCGCGGCGAUACAUUACCAGAUACUCCGAUGAAGCUUCUUUCAUUUAUAAUAUCAUACGGUGAUGACGUGUUUCCCAACUUGUGCGUUGCCUUGCAAAUUCUUCUCACAAUUGCUGUUUCAAUUGCCAGUUGUGAACGCUCUUUCAGCAAAUUAAAAUUAAUUCUUUCGUAUCUACGUACAUCAAUGGGACAAAAUCGCCUAAGUGAUCUUGCUCUACUCAGCAUAGAGAAAGAAACAUUAGAUCUGGUGGAUUUCAAUGAAGUAAUUGAUAAAUUUGCGAUUACGAAGGCCAGAAAAAUUAAUAUUUAA